CGAGGACCUGCGCGCGUCACGGCGGCGGCGGCGCCCCGCCCCCGCCACACGCAUGCGCGCUGCGCCCAGCAUGAGGGUCGCGGCUCUGAUCAGUGGUGGGAAGGACAGCUGUUAUAAUAUGAUGCAGUGCAUUGAUGCUGGGCAUCAGAUUGUUGCUUUAGCAAAUCUAAGACCACCUGAAAACCAAGUGGGGUCAGAUGAACUGGAUAGCUACAUGUAUCAGACAGUGGGUCAUCACGCCAUUGAUUUGUAUGCAGAAGCAAUGGCUCUCCCCCUCUAUCGCCGCACCAUAAGAGGAAAGAGCAUGGAUACAGGACGAGUGUACACCAAAUGUGAAGGUGAUGAGGUUGAAGAUCUUUAUGAGCUUUUGAAACUUGUUAAGGAAAAAGAAGAAGUAGAGGGAGUAUCAGUAGGUGCUAUACUCUCUGACUAUCAGCAUGUUCGAGUAGAAAAUGUGUGUAAAAGGCUUAAUCUCCAGCCUUUAGCUUACCUUUGGCAAAGAAACCAGGAAGAUUUGCUCCGAGAGAUGAUAUCAUCUAACGUUCAAGCAAUCAUCAUCAAAGUAGCAGCUCUAGGUUUAGAUCCAGAUAAGCAUCUUGGAAAAACCCUGGACCAAAUGGAGCCUUAUCUCUUAGAGCUUUCUAAGAAGUACGGAGUCCAUGUUUGUGGAGAAGGUGGAGAGUAUGAAACGUUCACUUUGGAUUGCCCUCUAUUUAAGAAGAAAAUAAUUGUGGAUUCAUCAGAAGUAGUCACACAUUCAGCUGAUGCAUUUGCACCUGUGGCUUACCUACGCUUUUUAGAAUUGCACUUGGAGGACAAGGUGUCCCCAGUACCUGACAACUGCAGAACAUCUAAUUAUAUACAUAACUCUUGAAAAGCAUUUUUGUUACUAAGCUGGUAUUUUUAUAUUUUAAAAAUCACAUAGCAUUUUCUCAAUUAUAAUGUCCCACUUUUUUCAUUACAUUUUUUUAUUCUU